AUGGCCUCGAAAAAGGACGUUGAAGUAACGGAAUCGCCUCCUGUCUCAUCAACCAUUUCAUCGGAGCGGGAUGAGAACUAUGAGUUCUAUAAACAGCACCAAGGCCUCGAAUACACAGCAGAAGAAGCCAAAAGGGUUCUGCGCAAAAUCGAUAUACGCCUUAUUCCCCUACUGUUCUUAAUUUACAUGCUGCAGUAUCUGGACAAGAACAGCAUCAACUUUGCCUCUGUCUACGGUUUAAAGCAAGGGACACACUUAAAGGGGCAACAAUAUUCAUGGCUCAGCUCCAUUUUCUAUUUCGGAUAUCUCAUUGCGCAAUGGCCUGCAGGGUUGGCAUUGCAAAAGCUGCCCGUCGGCAAAUUCCUUGCAGUUACCACGUUAGUAUGGGGUGGUUUGCUCAUGACGACACCUGCAUGCUACAACUUUGCUGGAAUCGCAAUCAAUCGCUUCCUUUUAGGAAUGGUCGAAGCAGUUGUAACUCCUGGGUUUGUUCUCAUGACCGGCAUGUGGUACACAUCUGAAGAACAACCCCUGCGGUUAGAGGCAUGGUACUGCACUAAUGGUAUCGCGACAAUGUUCGGAGGUCUUAUUGGCUAUGCGGUCGGACAUAUCACCACUGGACUUCCACGAUGGAUGUACGUCUUCCUUAUUUUUGGAGCCUUCUCCAUCGCGGUAGGCGUCCUUGCCCUGAUCUUUCUCCCAGAUCUUCCGUCAACUGCAAAAUUCCUCAGCGAGCCUGUUGAGCGUGUCGCCGUCAAUCGACAAGGUGUCAAGAGCAGUCAGUUCAAAUGGUAUCAGGUUCGACAAGCGGCUGAAGAUCCGAAGACCUGGCUUUUGUUCGUCAUGGCUAUCGGUGCACAAGUCCCGAACUCAGCAUUAACCAGUUUUACUUCCAUCAUCGUCGGCACUUUCGGAUUUGAUACGCUUGGAACUCAAUAUCUGCAAAUCCCCGGCGGUGCUGUCCAGUUUAUCACUCUUCUUCUGGGAGGUUAUAUCGCAACAAAGUUUGAUGGCAAGUUCCAUUCACGGUUUGCAUGCAUGAUCUUUGCUUGUACGGUCUGUAUUAUUGGAUCGGGUCUUCUGGUCGGAUUACCGGACACCAAUAAAUGGGGCCGCCUUGUUGCACUCUGGCUAUGCUAUUUCCAGGGUUUGGGAUUCAGCAUGAGUCUCACAAUUGUUAGCUCCAACAUUGCCGGAUAUACCAAAAAGCAAGUCACCGGUGCCCUGCUGUUCACUGGAUACUGUGUGGGAAAUAUCAUUGGACCUCAGACUUUCAAGUCCAGCGAGGCCCCUGGGUAUAACAGUGCUUAUAUUGCGAUGCUUGCUGGCUAUGCAGUAAAGCUGGCCUGCAUUGUCGCUUUGUAUAUCUAUAUGUACCUCGAGAAUAAGCGUCGAAACCGCGAAGUAAGCGAUGGCCAGGAGGUUGAGGCAGAAGGUGUCGAAAAUGGCAUGCUGGACCAAACGGAGAUCGACAACAAAGGGUUUAGAUACGUCCUGUAA